AUGAAGAAAUUCACUCCAUUAGGAAGAAGAGCUUUCUUUUCAUCGUUUGUAUCGGAACAACACAACCACCAAUACACGAAAUGUAAUCAUCUUUGGAGUGGUGGUUUUCAUCCUUUUUAUAAUUUAUUGUUCAACCAUAAGAAUAUUCUAUCGGUGGUUUCCAUUUCAUCCAACAACUCCAAUUUUUUGAAACAAUUUCAUACGCUCCAUUACAAACAACAUGCGAAAGCCUCAUCUUCAAGUUCUAAAAAACUUUCACCCGAAGAUUAUUUAAAACCCGAAUCACCAUAUUUUACACCCGAUAGAAUUAUUGAAGGACAGUACUCUGUGAUAAAUGCAUUCAACCGUGUGGAUACCACUAAAAUUCAAGUUCCACGCUAUUAUGAAACAAUGAAAGAAGAAUAUUCUAUGAAUUUGGAAAUUCACAAUAAUGAAGAGGAUUUACAAAAAAUUAGAAGAGUAAACAAAUUAGCUGCCGAAGUACUGAGAUAUGCUGGAUCGUUGGUGAGAGAGGGAGUGACAACGGAGGAAAUUGAUGAAAAAGUUUUUGAGUAUAUUACUUCACGUGGCGCUUACCCAUCUCCACUUCGAUAUAACAAUUUCCCAAAAUCUCUUUGCACAUCCAUUAAUGAAGUUUUGGUACAUGGAAUUCCAGAUACACGACCUCUCAAAUACUCUGACAUUAUCAAUUUAGAUAUCACUGUUUAUUUGGAUGGUUUUCAUGGUGACACCAAUACCACCUAUAUUGUUGGAGCGAACAGAGAGACACCAGAACGACCGAUUAAGGAAGAAUAUAAAACUCUCGUGAAAGUAACAAAACAAGCUUUGUGGGAAGCUAUCAAAGUUUGUGGACCUGGAGAGCCCAUGUACAGAAUUGGAAAUGCGAUUGAUAAUUUUCUUUCAAAAUACAAUCAAGCUCAUGGAACGUCAUUCAAAUCGAGUCCUGACUAUGUUGGACAUGGAAUUGGUCGCUCUUUUCAUUCACUUCCUCAAGUGAUCAUGGUUAAAAACAAAUAUGGAAAAGAGUUUAUUGGAACAGAUGUCAUGCAACCAGGAAUGAUUUUCACCAUUGAACCAGUCAUUUGUUCUGGCUCAACGAAGAGUAAGACUUGGAAAAGCGAUGGAUGGACAGUGUAUGCUCGAGAUGGAUGUGUGAGUGCACAGUUUGAGCAUACGUUGAGAAUCAAAGAUGAAUCAGAGUUGAGAGACUUUCGAGAAUUGGGUUGUGAAGUGUUGACUCUGGAUGAGCAAAAUGUGGAGGAUGUUGAAUUGGUGAAAAGUUUCCAAAAAGAUUUGUAUUGA